AAUCCCGAAAUCUUCGCAAAUCAUUCGGUGGCAGGACGAGUGUCUCUUUCUCCACCUUCGGAGCUGCAGUGAUUCCGGCGGCAGAGGAAGUGAUCAGACGAUUAUUUCUUCAUCUUCUUCCCUUCGGCAGGGGAAAUAUCGUUUUAUUUCUUCGGUGUUCUAUAGACGAGAAUGUCAGGUGUGUGGUUCGUGGUUAGCAUCCCUACAGCUUCGUUUGAGAGGAAACUCACGCACCCGGAUGAGUAUAAAGACAAGAAAGUGCAUCGUGAGGAAAACAACCGCCCCAAUGGACUCAUUCAGGUGGAGAUCAACAACGAAGAAAACAAGAGCAGAUCGGAGGAGAACAAAAUCGUCCCUCCCACUCCCAAGACCGAGAGGAAGGAAAAGAAAGAUUCGGAUGACGAUGACGAGAAAUCCCUCGAGUGGCAUCUAAAGGACUGCCUGGAGAAAUUGGCCAUCUACGAUGCGGUGUGGAUCCUUUCGAAAGAGGACACUUUCUAUCAGGUGUUCUUCCCUUGCGAGGGGCCGGGCAUGGAGUGCGAUUUUGUGCUGCAGUCCAUUCAGAACAGGGGUAUCGGAGAAAAAGGACUCUCCACAGUCGGGAUUAUGCCUUGCGAUGUUUUCUACCGGGACUACGGGGAAGAAGAAGAAGACCAAGGAGACGAAUCUGAUGCUGAAAACGGAGAAGAUCAAGAGAAGAAGGGAAAAGGUUUUAAAGCCAUGCAAAAAGAAUUUCUGAAAUCUGUAACUGCUCGACUUACUGUGGCCCAGGUGGUAGAAAGAGUAAAAAAUGAUGGCUCUCUAUCUUUCGAUUUCAUCAUGUUUGUCUUUAUUGCCAGUUGCAUUGCAGCUCUGGGAUUAAGUGAGAAUAGUGCCAUUGUAAUUGUAGCUGCUAUGCUUAUAUCGCCGAUUAUGGGUCCCAUCAUGGCGUUCACAUUUGGUAUAACCAUCCGGGAUAAGAAGUUGGUCAGGAUGGCUUUGAGGACGGAGCUCAUCGGGCUAUCUAUUUGUCUCAUUUCAGGUUUCUUAUUUGGUUUCAUCUGCGGUAAUUUCAGCGAAACGUGGGGCGCUGGGAAAUGGCCCACUACGGAAAUGGCGGGCAGAGGUAUGGUGAGAAGUUUGUGGUCCGGCUGCCUGAUCGCUUUGCCGUCCGGGGCCGGUGUUGCCAUGUCCGUUGUGGGCGGCAAUGGGGCAUCACUCGUCGGAGUGGCCAUCUCUGCAUCUUUGCUUCCUCCAACAGUCAACUGUGGUCUUCUUUGGGGACUGGGAGCUAUCAAGACUGUCAGGAGUUUAUACCAAAAUACUUAUGUGGUGUACGAUAUCUACAACCAUACUGUGAAACCAGCUCUGCUUCCGCCAGACACCUACACUCCAACUUACUACCCGCUGAUGGACAAAGAAUGUGCCGUUCUCGGCAUCAUUAGUUUCCUACUGACCAUCCUGAACAUCAUAUGCAUUAUCAUUGCGGCGCUUAUCAUUUUGAAGAUAAAGGAAGUUGCGCCUAAUACGACCGAGCCAGCUGUUUCUCGCUUCUGGAAACACGACGUAAAGGUUGCCAGAGACUACAAUAAAACUUUAGGAGAAAACGAAGGCGAAGACCUUGGAAAACAAUUUUUAGAAGAAUGGGCGAACUUGAAUGGAAUCGAUCCAAAUACCUUAAAGAAUGAUUCGGAGGAAAGUCGGCUGACACAGUUACAGACAUUGAUGGACAUUGUGGAGGAUGCCCAAGAGGAUGAUGUACUACGGACAAUUUCGAUGAGCGUGCCAGCUGCUGCUGAAAAAGUGAAUAGAAGACUCAGCAUUGCUCCAGGAAUGAAUCUGCAAGAUGCCGGACCGGCGUUGCGUCGCGCCAGUAUUGCGCAGUCAAACAUGAUGAAAAACAACGCUAUGAAAAAGAGACGACAGAGCAGAUUGCCGAACCUUAUGGAUGCAGUGAAAGAGGACGAAGGCGAAGGCAAUCAAAGUCACAUACCCAGGAAGAGCCUCAUCUAUAACCAAACCUUGCAAAACUCUGAGAACCCUUACUCUAUGUGGCCCUCUAAGAGUCGAAUCCAAGAGAUGACAAGAUUCAACGUCUCCCCUGUCGCCACAGACGGAGUCAGUCCUCUGCCCAACAUCAGAAGCGUCCGAUCCAGAAGAAGAAGCUGUCAUCCAGGGCAGAGGCCGAGUAUACCAUCUCCUGGGCAUGCGCAGGCCCACAAAAAGGAAUCGGAUGGCGAUGGCAAGACGGAAUCUACGGCAUUUUGAAGAAGAGAUUCCACACAGAACUGCCAUCUUGAAUCGACCCUUCAGGGUUUGGAUUGUUGCUCUUUAUGACUGCCUUCAAGGCACUGGUCCGUCACUGAUCUGGAUUGACUUGCGAUUGCCAACACUGGCCUGUCGUUAUUUUUUGCCUUUAUAAGUUCACAUAUGCAAUGGAGCUCGUCUUUGUGUCUGCAUCCUUGUUUUGCCUUUUUGAUGUCCGUCAUUUUUGCAUUAGUAGACCCAUUCAAUCUUACCAGGAUGUACAAAUUUCAUCAGUGUGUCAACGGAUGUUACACAAGUUUCAAGUACCUUUUAUGACCCUACCUAAGCAACCCUGGACUGGUUGAUUGUAUCUUUCCUGUUUGGAUUUAUUUAAAAAUGUAUCCUGGGAUCAAAAUCAUUAUAUUUGUGCCUGAAAAUAUCUCGCUUUAUUUUAAAUUUAUUUGUUCAAAAUUCCGAUUAGAAGCACUGUGUUGUGACGUUGAUCGUUCCAACCAACUUUUUUUUUUUUUUAACUUUUCUGUGUUUCUCUAUUUGAUAAGACGACAUCGAUGUGUUUUUUUUUUUUUUUUUCUUUUCUUUCAUUCGGGACGCUUAAUGUAGAAUACUCUAAUAGAAUCUUUUACUUGGACUUAAUCUAUGCAAGGCUACUUCAUUUUAUUAUCAUUUCUUAGAAUUAUAUUUUUCAAGGUGGGAAAUUGAUGAGUAUUUUAUAUCAACUUUGUUUACGUUAUUCAACUGUAUGCAGAAAAUAAUGUAUCAUUUUUGCAUAUACUUUCUUCUAUUUAUGUAUACAUAUAUAAGCAAAUAUGCAAUAUUUCCUAACUGUUAUGUUUGAAUGUGAAUUAAAGUGAAAUGGAUAAAAGUACAACGUGAGCUUAUGUAAAUGGUAUUAAUCAAGUUGAUGUACACAUGUGAUCAUUUACCGUAAUGAAAUAGAAAGUGCCUUACGUAUAGCAUUUUUUUCCAUAUAUCAUUGCAUCUUUCAAGAGUUAUGGUUUUGAAGUUACGAAAUAAUUAUUUCCUGUGUUUAAAUCACCUAUUCAGAAAUCUAUACAAUGAAAGGAAAUAUUUCAUUAUAAUUUUUCACAAUUUUCAUCUUUAAGAGCUGUAAUAAUAAUAUAUAUUAAAUGUAUUAGCGCUUUACUCCUGAAUUUACAGACGCAUUUAGAAUUUUUUUUUUGGUUAUUUUCUGAACAAAGGAAGAAUUUUCUUAAUUUAAAGAAAAAAUUUAAUAUAAAAUUCAAAUUUUUAAUGAGAAGUUCUACAUUUUUUUAAUUAUUUAUUUUUAAAUCUUUUUAAAAGAUCAAAAAAAUUAUUUCAGAUCAGUAACUCAUCAUAUGGGCUACAAUUCAUGUUUUUGAAAAAGGAUUGUUCAUCAUAUGUAAAUAAGAAUUUUUCUUAAUGCAAAUGUUUUAUUCUACCUUUUUUCUCAGAGUAUGCAGCCUUACUUAAAAUGUCAUUUAAAAUAAUUCUAAGAAAAGAAUUAUUAAAUUUGUAACAAUUUCAUAUCAAAUAUGUAUAGGAUCUUUAAUUUAUUAGCAGGAAUAUGACCGAUGUUAUUACUUAUUGUGCUAGUAUCCCUUUCUUGAAUGGAAAUAAUAUCCUUAGUAUCAGAGUACUGAGGAUUUUAUCAUUUAUAAAUAAACAGAAAUGAAUUCUUUUGCACGUUUUCCGCGAUGUUAUAACUAUGUAACCAUAACUAUUUUUAACUAUUAUGGCUUCAUAGUUGUAAUUCCCAUUGCAAAGGAAUGUUUUCAGUCUUGCUACGUAACUAAAAGAUGAAUCAUAAGUUUACAUGAUCGUUUUAAUAUUUGAAAAUUAUUUAAUGAGUUGAAAACUUUUAUUUAAAAAAUGGCUUACUAAAUUUGUGUGCUAUGUUACGUUUCAUUGAAUCUAAUGAUAGACUUUUCAGUACAAAUGAUUGAAGAAAAGUUUUCAUGAAUGCUUUCGUUUAAAAUAUUUCAGCGAGGAUACAACUCUUGCUUAAUUUCCUUUUUUCAGCAAUGUAAAAGAAAUACUAAUUUUUUUCUCUCUCUCAUAAUUAAAACUUUUGUUCAUUCUUUCACUUGAAGGAAGAAUAAGAAGAAAAACUCCUCAUUCACUGUGAAAUUAUGAAAAGCCGUAUUCGCAUCGAAUCGUUUCUUUUUCCUUCCUCAUAUGUAUAUACGUGUCUAUGUGUGUAACUGUACAAAAUAAAGUAAGUGAUCAUAUUUGCCAUGAAUCGACUCUAAUGCACACUUAUCGGUUCAUUUGUGCUAAACAAGAAAUAAAAUAUUUUCCUUUUU